UCAUCAGGUCCUCAACAAAGACUGGAUAAAUUGUCAUCGGAAGGUGCCAAUAAAUUUUGUGCAGAUUGUGGGACACCAGAUCCAAAAUGGAUAUCUUCAAAUAUAGGAGCAUUUAUAUGUAUUAAGUGUUCUGGAGUACACAGAAGUCUUGGGGUGCAUAUAUCAAAGAUCUUAUCCAUAAAACUAGAUCAAUGGACAGAUGCGGAUGUUAACGCUCUAAAAGAGUUGGGAGGAAAUACAGCUGUAAACUACAAGUAUGAAGGAUCCAUUCCCGAUAACUUUACGAAACCAAAGCCAGAUUCUUCCAUCGAGGAGAGAGCUGAUUUCAUCAGAAGAAAGUAUGAGCUCCAACAAUUUUUGAGAGCCGAUGAAUUGAUUAACUGCCCCUUACCAUAUCCAUUGCCAUCAAGUAGCAGAUCUUGUUCAGUUGAGAAGAAUAGCAACAACCGAAGUUAUAGCCUUGGCUAUGUUAUUCGCAAUAGUUGGAGAAAAUCUGAAAGCAAGUCCACUAAGAAAAGCAAUUCAACGGUUGGUAUGGUUGAGUUUCUAGGACUAAUAAAGGUUAAUAUAGUCAAAGGCAGUAAUCUAGCAGUUCGAGAUAUAAUGUCUAGUGAUCCCUAUGUCAUCCUUGCACUGGGAAAUCAGUCAGUGAAGACACAAUCCGUUAAAAACAGUUUGAAUCCUGUAUGGAAGGACAUGAUUAUGUUAUCAAUUCCAGAAAAUAUUCCUCCUCUCAAGCUGCGUGUAUAUGACAAGGACACAUUCACGUAUGAUGAUUAUAUGGGAGAAGCUCAGAUUGACAUUCGACCACUAGUAUCUGCCGCUAAAGCAGCUGACAAUGUUAAAUCUGGAGAGUCGAUGGUGCUCGGAAAGUUGAUCGCAAGCAAAGAAAAUACUCUAGUAUUUGACAGUAACAUUAGUCUAGUAGAUGGAAAAGUGAAGCAAACGAUUACACUAACGCUGGAUAAUGUUGAAAGAGGAUUGCUAGAGAUUGAACUUGAAUGUGUUCUUUUAACACAAUAG